AAAUCCCACGAAGAAACGGAGCGCAGGAGCCCAAAUCGCUCCCCCCUCACUCCUCGCCAUUAUUUAUUUAUCCCCUCGUCCUCCACCUCUGCCGCCUGAUUUGCUUCCGCCACCGGCGGCCACCCCCACCUCCCCUCCUCCGCCCACUCAUCACUUCCGCCGCCGCCGCCGCACCAUCUUCACCUCACGACUACACCAACCACAAGACCAGUAGCGCCUCCCCCAACGGGAAGAAUCCAUUCAACCAGUCCACGAUCGGCGGCACCCCAUCUUUGACUCGGACUCCGCGUCCAGAUCUAGGCGCAUGGGCCGAGGAACGAUGAACGGAGGCGCUGCCUCCCCGGCGGCCGCGGCGGCGACGCCGCCCCACCGGCGGCUGCCGGACUUCCUCCAGAGCGUGAACCUCAAGUACGUGAAGCUGGGGUACCAUUACCUCAUCACCCACUUGCUCACGCUGAUGCUGCUCCCGCUCAUGGCCGUGAUCAUCCUCGAGGCCGGGCGCACCGACCCCAACGACCUGCGCCAGCUCUGGCUCCACCUCCAGUUCAACCUCGUCUCCGUGCUCGUCCUCUCCGCCGUCCUCGUCUUCGGCGCCACCGUCUACGUGCUCACCCGCCCCCGUUCCGUCUACCUCGUCGACUUCGCCUGCUACAAGCCGCCAGCCCACCUCCAGGUCCGCUUCGAGGAGUUCAUGCGCCACUCAAAGCUCUGCGGCUUCUCCGACGACGCGCUCGAGUUCCAGCGCAAGAUCCUCGAGCGCUCCGGCCUCAGCGAGGAGACCUACGUCCCCGAGGCCAUGCACUCACUCCCGCCCCAGCCCACAAUGGCCAACGCCCGCGCCGAGGCCGAGAUAGUCAUGUUCGGCGCGCUCGACAACCUCUUCAAGUCCACCGGCGUCAAGCCCAAGGACGUCGGCAUCCUCGUCGUCAACUGCAGUCUCUUCAACCCCACGCCGUCCCUCUCCGCCAUGAUCGUGAACAGGUACAAGCUCCGGGGAAACAUCCGGAGCUUCAACCUCGGAGGGAUGGGCUGCAGCGCCGGUGUCAUCGCCGUCGACCUCGCGCGCGACAUGCUGCAGGUGCACCGCAACACCUACGCCGUGGUGGUCAGCACGGAGAACAUCACCCAGAACUGGUACUUCGGGAACCGCAAGUCGAUGCUGAUACCCAACUGCCUGUUCCGCGUCGGCGGCGCGGCCGUGCUGCUCUCUAACCGCGGCGCCGACCGCCGGCGCGCCAAGUACAGCCUCAAGCACGUCGUGCGCACGCACAAGGGCGCGGACGACAAGGCGUUCAACUGCGUGUACCAGGAGCAGGACGACGAUGGCAAGACCGGCGUGUCGCUGUCCAAGGACCUCAUGGCCAUCGCCGGCGGCGCGCUCAAGACGAACAUCACCACGCUGGGCCCGCUCGUACUGCCUGUCAGCGAGCAGCUCCUCUUCUUCGCCACGCUCGUCGCCAAGAAGCUGUUCAACGCCAAGAUCAAGCCCUACAUCCCGGACUUCAAGCUGGCGUUCGAGCACUUCUGCAUCCACGCCGGCGGGCGCGCCGUGAUCGACGAGCUCGAGAAGAACCUGCAGCUGAGCCCGGCGCACGUCGAGGCGUCCCGGAUGACGCUCCACCGGUUCGGCAACACGUCGAGCAGCUCCAUCUGGUACGAGCUCGCCUACAUGGAGGCCAAGGGCCGCGUCCGCCGCGGCCACCGCAUCUGGCAGAUCGCGUUCGGCAGCGGGUUCAAGUGCAACAGCGCGGUCUGGCAGGCUCUGCGCAACGUCAAGCCGUCGCCCAACAGCCCAUGGGAGGACUGCGUUGACCGCUACCCAGUGGAGCUCGUCGAUGGCUUCCCCACACACAAGCCGCAGCAAUAGCAUCCCCCAUGGCCACAUCCAUCCAUGCUCCCUCCAAUACAGAAAUCUUAGCAUGGAUCAGACCAAAUCCAAACCUCAUAUGGAUAGUUGUGACAUAAUGGGGCUGCCUUUUCCAGUGCGUGAUUGCAUUGGAAGAAUCUCUUGGCCUGCUGCAGGUCUGCUCUGUUCUGUAACUGCGUGUUCGUCAGCAUUGGAUCGUUGGUGUGUACUUCAUGGAUCAUCCGGUCUGGGAGAGCAUGAGGGGUCCUGCCCGGCGCCUGUGGUAAGUUUGCUGAUGAGGUCAAGGUUAGCAUAUUGUUGUAUGUACAUUUGUCUGAUUAGCCAUUGCUGCCGAUUGUCAUUUACUGCUAGACAGUGGUCCUUAGGAGGGGUCAUUCUUUUUAUUUUACAAAAGGGAUUCAUGGUGAAAGACAGAAGUAGUGUCUUGAGUGUGUCGACGGAUCGAUGGAGUAUGUAUUUGUCCGGUUCAAUUGGAAAUUUUGCUCUUUCUUAGCUAUGUUACUGAACUGGCCUUUGAUGACUCGAUGUAUGCAUCAUAUCAUAUUA